AUCUGACUAACGCAUGCCAAAUGCUGAGACCCUCAUGCCCGCCUUUCCGCCUCAGAGAAUCGUGCCAACUUUCGAUCCAGCCGCCGAAGAAAUGCAAUAGGUUUCCAAACUUCUCUCUUUGAACUCAAUGCGACCAUAAUACGAUUAUUCGCGCUCCCCCGAGACGACCCUUGUGCGCAGACCUCCGAACCUGACCCGCGGCCCGAACCCCAGAUUACGCCGAGUCGAAGGUCGACAUCCACAUUGCAACGCUUCCAUAAUGCCAGGCUCCGCGUCGGGACAGCAACGGUCGGACGGAACCCGGCUGCCGCCAUUUUACUCGCCGCGGCCGGACGCACACCUUUCGUCGCACAACGACGGAGACAUCGAACAGGCGGACUUUUCGCUCUCCGCGGACGACCCAGUUUCUGCGCCGGUCGAGGAUGGCGACGAUAAGACGCCCGCGCAAGCAUCGUUGCCAUUAACACAACCGCCACCCGACUCGCUCCUCUCGCCGGCAUUUACACCACCUUCAACGCCAGGAACAGCCACACCGAGCCAUGCUGCCGCUGCAGCCGCGCGCGAACCACGCAGCAUCCCGGUCGACAGCUCAAUUCCCACAGGCGGAUGCGGAACCAAGCAACCGCGACUGCUCGAGACGCUACCAGAGGUCGAGUGCAUAGUGCGCGCGCGGAUACCGACAACCACCGGGGCUGAGAUGUUUCUGCAUCUCUACACGAACAAUGUAGACAGCAAAGAGCACCUGGCCAUUGUGUUUGGUGGCAACAUUCGCAGCAAGUCUUUGGAUGCCGUAAGGGACGGGGAAACCGAGAUGGAUCGCCUUGUACGAGGGGCUUACACCGGUCGUCUAUUCCCGGGCAGGACCACAAGCGGACUCGAGGCAUCCACGCCCGAGAGUCAACGCGCCGCGUCGGAGUUAACACAGGGACCACCGUUGGUCAGGAUACACAGCGAGUGCUACACCGGAGAGACGGUGUGGUCAGCACGCUGCGAUUGCGGGGAGCAACUCGACGAGGCGGCAAGGUUGAUGUCUCUGCCCACCAACCAGGCGGGGGGCAUCAUCAUCUACUUGAGGCAAGAGGGCCGCGGGAUUGGAUUGGGAGAGAAGCUCAAAGCAUACAACCUCCAGGAUUUGGGGUCCGACACGGUCGAAGCGAACCUCCUCCUGCGCCAUCCGGCCGACGCCCGCAGUUACGGCCUGGCGACGUCCAUGUUGCGCGACCUCGGGCAGAGCGAAGUCCGACUUUUAACCAACAACCCGGACAAGGUCCGCGCCGUCGAAGGCCCUCAUCGCGAGAUCGUUGUCAAGGAAAGAGUCGCCAUGGUGCCGCUCUCCUGGAAAGGGAGGGGUGGCUUUAGGGCGCCCGAGGUCGAGGGCUAUCUGAAGACCAAGAUCGAGAAGAUGGGCCACAUGCUAGAUAUGGCAAAUUUGCCGCGCUAAGGAUCUACCGACACGACAAUGCCCUUGUAAUACAUUUGUAAUUCCAUAGUAGAUACUUCUUGCAUAGAACCGGCGUGUUAUUGUGGCCGUUUAUCUAGUCGGAGACCCAAGUCUCAUUUUAAAUGCCACAAACCCCAGGGUUAGGGGGGGUUGCUCAUG